UAAUGCAACUCUCGCAUCGCCAAGCCCGACAACCUCUCGCCAGCUGCUUUGCAUCACCAACCUCACCUCUUCUACGCACCCAUCCGCAACACCACCGCAGCCAUGGCCUCGGUAAAAGUCCCGCCCGCCAACAUGGCGAGAACGCCUGCGAUGACGAGCCAGCGCAGCCCGUAUACGUCGUAUAAGAGUCCGUUUGGUCCCCAAUACAAGAUCCAGCCCAACUUCCACGGCAUCACCACCCGUACUGUCAUCAAGUACGGUGGCCUCGCCGCCGCCUUCGGCGGCGUAGCUGGUGUUUUCGCGCUCUUCUUCUUCGCCGAGGUGCCCCGUGUGCGCGAGGACAUCAUGAAGAAGAUUCCGAUUCUAGGGGACUACUUCAUCAAGGAGAUACCACCGGAGGAUAACCCGUUCUAG